AUGGAUAUAGUAACAGACCUAGGGCAAAGCAGAUUACAUCGGGCACCGGGCGAACCAUGUCACCAGCAGCAUCAGAGGUGGUUCAACACCGCUGACAUCACAGUGGCCCACCAGAGCAGCCUGCUGAAGCAGCUCAACCAACAGCGGCGCCAGGAGCUCUUCUGUGACUGCAGUGUGCUGGUGGAGGGCCAGCUGUUCAGAGCACAUCGAAAUGUCCUAUUCGCCAGCAGCGGCUAUUUCCGCAUGCUGCUGUCCCAGGCACCAGAUGGAUUGUCCGACACGGUCAAUGCCACCUUUGACGUCUUCAGCCCAGAGACCUUCACAGUUAUUAUAGAUUUUAUUUACUCAGGACAGCUGGACCUCAGCCGCAAUAAUGUAAUUGACGUUAUGUCUGCAGCCAGUUACCUGCAGAUGAACAGCGUCAUCAACUACUGUAAAAACUUUAUCAAAUCGUCUCUAGACAUUUGUGUGAAAGAGGAGGAAAGCGAACUUUGCCUCAGUAUGUCUGAAACAUGUUUUACCAGUGCAGCUGGAGAGGAUACCACAGAGCAGCAGGUGCGUGCCCCCCCUGUCAGCCCCCCUCCUGCUCUGUGGACACGGGACACUUCUAGUCAGUGCACUUUUGGAGGCAAAGACUCUGACCUGGAAAUUUCAAUAUCCAACAUCAAAACUAAUGUAAGCAGCCCUGUGAAUGAUCUGGGUGCAGAGGCUGAAGACCCACAGGACCCCCUUUAUACACUACCAAGACCUGAACGAAAGAGAAGUCGUCCCUCAAAAAAGAAAUCCUCCAACAGCCACCACUCCAACCACCACACUGACCUGAACCUCGAGGAGGCCCGCGCUCAGAAAGCUGAAAAGGCUGAGGAGCUGUAUUCUACUAUGCCUUCUAUAGUUGGAGUCGUCGGACAGUUUAAUCACCCUAUCCUGCGGUACAAAUGUCCUUAUUGCACUCAUACCGUGAAAAGAAAGGCAGACCUUAAGCGCCACUUGCGAUGCCACACUGGGGAACGUCCAUACCCCUGUCAGGAAUGCAAUAAACGCUUUACCCGCCUGGAGCAUCUCCGAAGCCAUUUUGAGACUAUUCACCAAGCCAGGAAGUUGGUGUGUAGGAAGUGCAAGUGUCCCGUGACAGAAGAGACUGGGCAUGUUGUGUGCGAGGGGACACGCCGCUUCCGCAUGUGCACUGCAUGUAUACAGGAAGUUGGCUGCGACAACCUGUCAAUGGACCCUUUGGACGGACCUAAUGAUGAACCAGCUCUGUUACUAGGUGUUGACGGGGAGGAGGAAGGGGAAAGCAAAAGGUCAUGGAUUGUAAAUGAUGAUGAUGAUGACCUGGCAGAAGACUCGGGUGCUGACCUUAUCAUACAGCAAAUUGAUGACAGUGAUGAGGAGAUCUAA